AAGCUCAAAGACUCCAAGACAGUUUCAACUUGAACAUUUGCAAACGAAUCAUGAAGGCCAUGGUAGUGCUGAUCGUUUUCUUUCUGGCAAUAGUUAUGGUUUGGAAUUCCCUCCAAGAAUCGUUCCAAAACCCAGUUCUGACUUCCCUUCAGUUAGCCGCCGUUAUGAUGGCCCCAUUUCCAGCAAUUUCCAUUGAUACUGGAGACACUAUGACGGGUGAAAAUUACCUUCAGAAAGCAAUUCAACAGAUUGAGUUUGAAUGUUUGACCAAGGGCGAAGACUCGAUGAUCUCUUUGCAAUAUAUUUGUUCACCUGACCAGCUUUCUGGAGGCAUUCGAGGAUUGUUUAAUGAAGCAAUACAGGUGUUGAUGCUUCAGCUUUUGAAUAGGAUGACUAAACGUCUGGAAGCCAACCCUAAAGAGCUACGACAAUCGUAUUUUCAUUUCAAGAGAAAAUGGAGAAAACUCAACUAUGAAACCAUUUCGGACGAAUUGGUGAUCGGAAUACAGCAAGGUCAUAUCAAUCAAACCCAAUUGAUCACCACGAUGUCCAAUUUGUGUGCGACCUACUUUGGUUUCCAAGACAUUUUAGACUUAGUCUACAACCAAGAAAUCAUUCAAAAACGGGCGCUGACUAGUUUUGUCCACCACGAUUUUAAUUCAGUUAACAUGACAAAGAAUGCAAGUUUGAAAAACACUGUAGAUGCAAUUCUAAUUGCUCCCUUUCGAACUUUGAUGUCACGGACGGCUGAAGAUGAUAUAUCUCUUGAAUUUGUUCUGUUUAUUAUGGGAUUGAUCGAAUCCAAACCAACUUCAAAAGACCAAUUGGAGUCUCAACUAAUUUGGAACCUCUUUAAUGAAUCUCUGUCUGGACGACUUAUGAACAGUUUGGUUGAAAGUGUUGAUCUCAAGGAAGACGGCCCUUAUCUUCAGGCUGGAAGCCUUUACCGGUAUUUUGGGUGCCACUCUGGAGCAGAAAUAAUUUACCAAACACUUUGGGAGGAGCACGUAUAUUCGAAAAGUAGGAAUCAAUCUAGUCCGCCUUGUGAUGAUGCCAAUCAUUCCUUACUUAUAUCCAAUUGUUGCAAAGUCUUGACCUUUCUGAAUCAAAAUAUCCGACCCGUUCUUCAAGUCAUCAAGUAUUCUAUUCAAAGCCCAACUAUGAUGCAAAGUUUAGAGGAGCACGAGUCUGACUUUGGUCACACUAGCCUUUUUCCAAAUUAUCCUCAAAUUCGAGCACCAAACGCGAAAGAAAAACUCAAGAUCAAGGAACGUUUAAAGUAUGGAAGACCUCCAUCUUUCAGCCCUCAAAUAUCCAUGAUGAGAAAUCCACGCUCUCGGGUUUUUGUGUGCUAUUUUGGUGAUAAGAAGGGCUUUCCUUCGCCAUUUGAAUGCGAAGGUUUUUACCGAAAGAUUGGAAAUCAAGGCCUUACCUUCACCUACAACGGUGGGAAGUUCUGGGACCAUUACCAAGUAACCCCGACCUCCACAUUAUUUUACGAGUGCCUUUUGUCGGACAAUAAAAAUGAAAAGGGACAAGCUCAACGUUAUCCCGGGACCAAGGACCGAGGCAACACUUUCUCAAUGAUUCUUCGAUUGGAUCCUGACCUCGAAUUGGUCCAACACCGUCAUUCACAGUUGGCAAGCUCAUUCAAACUGAAUCUCCACGACCCACUCGAUGUCCCUGAUUUCCAGAGCUCCUUCAUUGAAAUCAAACCCAUGUACGAGUACACGAUCAACGUGGUACCAUUUCUAACUUCCGUAUCCAAAGAUUUUGAAAAGCUGGAUCAGAGGUACCGUGAGUGUCGGUUGCUCACCGAAACGAAAGGAUUGCGUUUUUUUAAGCAUUACACUCAAACUGGAUGCAUUUAUGAGUGCCAGAUCAAUUACGCUCGAGCCAAAUGUGGGUGCACGCCGUGGAACGUUCCAAAUCUGCAUAGCAAUUGGCGGUUAUGCGAUUUCUAUGGGAACUCUUGUUUUCAAUACGUGCUUUCUUCCCUGGACACCAGUGAAUGCGAUUGCCCGGUGAAUUGCAAUUUGGGUCGCUAUGAAUAUUCCGUCACGGCUCUGAACAUGCAGCCGGAGAGGCUGUGCCGGGAUAGCUAUGACUUUGAUUUGUUUAACAGCCUGGUUGAUCCAAUUUAUAUUGGUACGAAGCAAUUUGCUCAAACCACGAGACAAUUGUUGCGGAACGAGAGUGAGAGUAAACUAGAGCAGUGCCUGAGAAAGGUGAAGCGUUUGGCUUUGGUCCGCGUCCAAUUGGGAUCUCAAACUGUGACAGUGGCUCAAAAGGAUGUCAGAGUGACUGUAGGGCUGAUGCUUUCCAAUUUGGGUGGCACAGUGAGCCUCUUCACGGGUAUCAGCAUUCUCAGCUUGGUGCAAGGAUUCUACUUCAUAUAUGCCAAGGCAAGGAACGAGCUCUUGCCUUAUUUGAAAUCAUGCUGGUCGUGACAUCAUGCUCUCAACCAGAGUGGAACAGUUUAGAUUCGAUUCCAAAACUUUCUCCAAGUGUAAAGGAAACUUUCGUUCCAAAUAU